CGCGCUGACUGGUCGUCUUCGUCGUGUCCGUGGUUGUGUGUGGCUUCCUCUGCUACGGCUCGGUUUGGCUGCGACUCACUCAAAAAGUGCGGAGAGCCUCUUCCGAAGAAGAGCAGCUGCGUCGCGUGAGAGUGGUGAUGAAGACAAGAUUUGUUAGAUUACCUAUUUUUUCUUCGUAAAAAUAGUAAGUGAUUUGUGGGUUAAAAAUGAAUGGAAUUAGUGCAAUUGCACGCUCAAUAGCCUAGCACAGUCCGCGAUUGGGUGAACCAUGGUCGGUGAUUAAAGGAAACAGGUAUUUGGAAGCAGCUGAAAAAGAAGAUCGAAUCAGUGAAAAUAAGGGUGAGGAAGAAUUUCUCCCACUGAGUGGCAAUGGUUGUUGACCAGCAGCAGCAGCAGCGCAAGGAAAGCAAAAGCAGUGCCAACGAAGAAUAGCAAAUGCAUAACGCCACAUUUCUGGUAUGUGCGAAGAGUAGUGCAAAGGUGAUGAAUUGUGAUUGUGUGAUACCGGAAGAGAAUGAAAUAGUUCUGCAAAAGUUUGGUAGCAAAGUUUUCCGUGGUGUUCCGUGCGCCUGGAGUCGCUGCGCCUCAACAACUGGAACGCAAGCACGGAGGGAAUGUUUGUGCGAGAUUUAACAGAAUACGAAUCAGGUUCCUGUAGCUAUCUGUCUGCCCAGCCCUCGGUGAAAAAAAACAACAAUGCAGUGUGUGGGUUCAUGAAAUUAUAUGAUUGAAGUUCCAAUUGAGAAAACUUGCAAAACAAGUGCUAAAUUACGGUGCCAACGAUAAAUUCGAGCAGCAGCAACACAGCAAUCACCGCAACAAGGAGUGUGGGUGAGCGAUAGUGAGAGUACAAGAAGAAAUCAGGGUGGCUAACGGUGGAUAAAGGCUGGGGGUUGGCGCGGUAUGGAAUAUAAGUGCAAGCGACGGCUAUCCGGGAACAACUAGCAGAUUAGUUAGUUUCUUGCGCUGUGCCGCCACAACUAGAUUGGAAACAACAAUUGCACUAAUGGACAAAUGAAUAUUUAUAUGUGUAUGAUUCGUUGCGAAUGCAACGCGCUACUUGCAGCAGCCGGUGGGAAAAUAAGGAACCGAGGACAACGCCACCCCUAAAACGUUGAGCAGUUGAACCGAUCGCACAAUGUCCGGUGGCAAAGAUCGGAGGUCAAGGGCCAGCAAGACCCAAGGCUGGGAGGAGGCCGGCGGUGAAUUCUACCAGGAGAGCUAUCCCGCCGAUCUGGAGGGCAUGCAGAGGGAUCCGUCCAAGAUUGCGACUCUGUUGCCGUCGAAGCAGACCAGAAAUGCUACAACCCGUAGAGUGCGACCGUCGCAGCAAGACACAAAAGGCACGCGAAGGAGAACCAGCUUUUCCACGGUGGCCAGGAGAGGAUCGCAGUAUCAUGAGAUUCAAGUUGCCACUCUUCCGGAUUUGUCAGAGAAUCUUAUCAAUGAGGAGCGCACAUGGGAGGAGAUUCAGGAGAUCAAAUCGAUGCCCGUUCCGAUGGCACAAAAACGUGAAAUGAAAGCACAAUUACAGAACGCUACCAAGUUACGCCUGCAGGGUUUCGAGCAGAUCAAGUGGCGUCGCCGGAAAGCAUGGCAAAGCAUUCGGUCGAAGUGGAGCGAGUACCGGACCAAGCUCGAGCUGUGGCGGAUGUCGCUGAAAACCAUCGAAGGUAACUUCGGAACCGGCGUGGUAGCAUACUUUCUCUUCCUCCGCUGGCUCAUGUUUCUCAACCUGAUUGUGUUUGGACUUGUGUCGAUGUUCAUCGUGCUGCCCCAUGUGGCACUGAAGGAACCACAGGAUUUGCCCUGUGAGCAGCAGGUUGACCCCGUGUCGGUGCAGUGCUGCUCGGAGUCGUACGUGAAUGCGACCAAGAAUGCGGAGUUUUCCGUACUCGAUGUGAUACAGGGGACGGGCUUCAUGGAGGGAACACUGCUUUUCUACGGAAUGUACACCAAUAUGAUUUACGGGUACAGUCCAGCGGAAGAUAGAAUGAUGACAGCAGCUGUCGGAACGAGUAUUAUGUCAUCGGUGACGACCACAAUGAUCAUGACGACUAUGGCUCCAAGUAGUACUGCAAUAAGUGGCAGCAGUAAUAAGAGAAAUAGUAAUAUUAGCACAAGUGCUAGUACCAGUACCAGUACCAGUACCGGUACUAGCACUACCGAAGCAACCACCACUCCGAUGGGUGAUGUAGUGAUAGGAGAAAUUAGAAGUAGUAAUUUUAGUGUUCUCAACGAAAGUUUUUUCGAUGCGCUAGUGAUGGAAACGGAAGAAGCUAUUGACCAAAGUAAAGCAGCAGUCAGAUCUCAUACAGUUCUGUACUACGAUUUCCCGCUGGUUUAUGUGAUUAUUACGGCAAUCUGCUAUGUGGUGGCGUUGAUUGCCAUAAUGAAGGCCGUGGUGCGACAGUUCAAAGAUCGCAUAGCCGAGGGCGAGGGCCUCUUCUAUCAGUACUGUAAUUUAGUCUUCGGAGGCUGGGAUUUUUGUAUUCACAACGAAAAAUCCGCCGAUGUUAAACAUAAGGCACUAUACAACGAGAUUCGGUCGUUGAUUCAUAUGAAACGUUUUGAGAAUGAGCGUAUCAAUCGGUCUCGCGAUUUUAUGGUUAAGCUUAUGGCGAUACGAUUCCUGAUUAAUUUUGUAGUGGUUGUUAUACUCAUAACGGCUGUCGUGAUAAUCUACGUGUUGUUCAACGAGUCAAUGUCCAAGCUGGACCCGAAUUUCCAGCCAAACCAUCCCAUCAAUCUGCCCCGCGUUCCAUCAUGGUCCUCGUUCUCCGCGUUUGGUCGCUCCGCUACCAUGAUUGUGCCAUCGACAAGCUCAACUCCUCCGUACAUCAUGAUCUCACAGGACUUUUCCUCGCCCAUGACUCCAAGCGAUCUGGAGUCUAGUAUAUCGGCCCGUCUAGAGGUGCUUUUUUAUGAAUUCCUUCCCUACCUAGCGAUCGUAUGUAUGAAUUUGGUUGUCCCCCUACUUUUCAACUAUCUUGUCCAAUUCGAAAAAUAUUCGCCACUCUUUGUUAUCAAAAUUUCACUCUUUCGGACGGUUUUCCUCCGACUGUCCUCGCUAGCUGUAUUACUCAGUCGCUUUUACUUUCUCGUUAAUCCAAAAGUUCACCAAUUACCAGCAAAUAGUACAGAACUAUUCAGCAAUUACACAAUCGACUCAAACAGUACCGCAACAGAACAAUGCCACGAUUACAAUCGAGGCACUCCGCCAUGCUGGGAAACGUUUGUUGGUCAACAAUUCUACAAGCUUUUCAUCGUUGAUUUCGUCACCCAUUUUCUGGUGACGUUCUUCGUUAACUUUCCUCGAGCAAUGUUCGCUCGGCACUCGUCCAGCCGUUUCGCCAAAUUCAUCGGCGAACAAGAGUUCGAGCUGUCGAAACACGUGCUGGACGUGAUCUACUCGCAAACUCUCUGUUGGCUGGGUACCUUCUAUACACCAUUUCUCCCAGCAAUCGCCGCCGUUCUCUUCUUCCUGAUGUUCUACAUCAAAAAGUUUGCCUGUCUAGUCAACUCGAAUCCCUCCACGGUUCUGUACCGGGCAUCCCGUUCCAACUCGCUCUUCAUGUCAACCCUGCUGAUCUCAUUCACUGUGGCGAUCAUCCCGGUGGUUUACGCAUGGGCCGAAAUUAUCCCGUCUCGCUCGUGUGGUCCCUUCCGGGGCCUGCCAUCCGUAUGGGACCGAGCCAUCAAUGCGUUCAUGAAGAUGCCACUGUUCUUCCAGAACAUCAUCUUCUACUUCGGAACGGCCUCGUUUGCCAUUCCCUGUUUCGUGGUGCUCACCUUCUUCAUCUACUACUACUAUGCCGUUUCGGCCGCCAACCGACACAUGGUGUCGGUUCUCAAGCACCAACUGGUGCUCGAAGGUCACGACAAGCAGUUCUUGCUGAGCCGACUAAGUCUGUUCAUCAAACAACAGCAAGAAUACCAGAAACGGAUGAUGCGGCAAGCCAUCGAGCAGCAACAGCAACAGCAGCAGCUUCAGGGAAAUAAUGUGCAGCAUCCUCCUCCUCCGGUGGCACCGCCAAAGCCACCCCAGCUGCAACAACAGCAACAACAACAACCCGAGCAGCAGCCCCCGCUGCCACCCAGGGCGGAUCGCGAUUCUAAACCGAGUAGUCGGGAUCGGGAUCGGAAGGAGAACGGGAGCGGAGAGAUUAAGUGAAUGCAGACUGGGAGCAGCAGAGUUAUGAGUGUGAUUGAUGUUUCGUUUCCUGUGAUAUUUUAAUUAUUUGUUAUUUGUAUAUUGUGUUUCAAUCUUGCAAAAAGUAUAUGAUUGCGCCAUGAUCAAUGCAGGAGUCGAAUUGGCGUUGUACAUUGUCAAAUAUAAACCGGGAUUUUUUUUGUUUUUGAUUAAAAUGCUUUAUUUACCAUCUAAAUUUAUAUUAUCUCCCUCAAAAUAGGCCCAUUCUGAAGCUUUGUACCGCGGAACCUUGGAUUUGAUUUGAAUAAAACAAACUUUAUUCACAACAUACUAGACGAAUACAUUUUACUUAACAUAUUAAGGACCGCACGUUUUGGGGCAAACUUUAACGCUUCAUUUGUUCGGAUUCCACGAAUGAGAACGUUUCCUUUGAUCUGGAUGAGACGACGGCGUUAGAUUAUUGGCAAACCAAGGAUUUAACCAUCAAGUGUAGAAAACACGGCUUAUUUCGUGAUCCAUCCGUAACAGACGGAACGCGAAACACGAGAAAACACGUGAGCGGUCCGCAAUGUGUUGAGGUGGUCGUAUACUGGAGGUCAAAUAUUUGAUACUUUUUGAUAGAUAAACUUUGGUUUGAUAUUUGUACAAACACUACUUUGUUUGCCACUCUUCAAUUAUCAACAGUGACUAAUAAUGUCAAACAUCGAACAUGGAAGAAAAUUGGCCGAAAUAUUUAUGGUAACCUAAGGGUGCUCAUACACUGUUUGACCGAAGCCAAAUAUUUGACUCUUUUUGACAGAUAAAAUUUGGUCAACGUGUACUGAUCAAAUAUAUUCUACACAAAACACGACAAGCAAAUAUUCAAUUAUUGGAUGCCUAAAAUAUUUUUUCAGUCUAUUCUUCGAACCUGUCGGUACAUGGUUAGGUUACCUUGAAUAUUUCAGUGGAUUUUUUCCAUGUUCGGUGUUUGAUAUUGUUUACUACUGUUGAAAAUUGAAGAGUGGCAAACAAAAUAGUGUUUGUACAAAUAUCAAAUCAAACCUUAUCUGUCAAAAAAUAUCAAAUAUUUGACCUCCGGGGAAACAGUGUACGGCCACCUUAACUAUGUACCGACAGGUUCGAAGCAGGGAUGCCAGGUUUGAAGACAUGUCUUCAUUUUGAAGAUAUUUGACGUACUGUGAAGACAUUUGAUUUGUGAAGACAUUUUGAAGACAAUAUGAAAAAUGUGAAGACAUUUCAGUAUGAUAGCGUAUGUGGGUUAUUGAGUGAUAUUAUUUCCAUGAAAUUCUAAAUAUUGGCCGAAAAUAUCGUAUAAAUCUUUUUUAUCAUUGUCACUUGUUCACUCUUGUUCUUAGUAGUCAACGGAGACUUUUGUCUCGGGGUUAUUAACUUCCUUUUUUAAACUUUUUCAAGCAGAAAAUCCACAUGCAUAUAGAAAGAAUUAAACAACAAAGCGACUUUUACUUCAAAUUCUAGAGAACUCCCAGCGGUUUGAAUGCAUAUUGCCUCUAGAAACAUUAGUUCAUUUUCGAAGGUAUUCCGGUUAAAUACCGUUUCAAUAAUUAGUUUAUGGAUAUGGUUUGAGUUAAAACCAAAACUUCAAAGCUAAAAUAAACAAAUUGAGUUAUCACAGUUCCGUUUUUGUGGAAGAACUGGGUUUAUAUUACCCCAAUCAACGGUUUAUCAAGCCAAUUAUCAUUUCUAAACUCAUAAAAUUUAGUUCGCAGUUGCGCAAUACAGGUAAACUUCGAUAUAACGUACAUUUCACUUUCAAAAUUGUACGUUGUAUCGAAUUGUACGUUAUAUCGAAGCAUAAUAAAGUACUCACAAACGUAGUCUAUAAUACAUUAUUGUGUUGCUGUUUUAGUAAAGAUAAUGAAUAACUUCAAUCAGAAGACGAAGCUAGCCUUUCUCAUGAUGUUUUCCUUCGUACUGUUGAUUAAAGCUUGAUUCAUUUAGAAUCCGGAAUCACAAAACCAGCUGUAUUUCGGGAUUUAUUGAAAGUACAAAACUUGUUUAACAUCACAAUACAGGUGAUUCAUUGUUCUAUCAGAAAAAAAAUAUUGAAAAAAAAUUUCCUUUACACUUUGGAAAUGUGUACGUUAUAUCGAGGGUACGUUAUAUCGAAGUUUCCCUGUAUAUUCUUUGUUCACAUUUAUUGAAAUAAACUUCAAAACCUAAAAGUAAGUUUAAUAAAAUGCGCUGUAUAACAAUACCAAUUUAAAUAAACAUUGAAUUAGCUAUUCAACUUUGCUUAAAAGUAAGUUAUGAAUUUUAGUUUCAUCCGAUAUAAUUGUGAAGACAUUGUUCUGUACCAUGAAAAGACAUUUGAAGACAUUUUUUUCGUACCGUGUGAAGACAUUUUAAAAUAACACCUGGCAUCCCUGGAUCGAGGAAAAACAGAUUGAAAAAAUAUUUUGGAAUUCCAUUUAUUAAAAAUUUGCUUGUCGUGUUUUGUGUUGAAUAUAUUAGGUUGGGGGAAAAGUAAUCCAUAAUUUUCUCGGUAGCUGGCUUCAGUGAUCAAUAUCUCGCGUAAUACCGAUCAUACAAUUUCAUGUUUAAACUCGUUGUAAAAGUGACAUUUCACGCAAAAAAUUUUUUUACUGUUUUUUGUUUGUUCCAUUCAGUUGUGAAUUACAGGGUGUUAACAAUGGAAAUCAAAAAAUGAAAAUUCGGUACAUUUUACUCUUUUUCUUUAAAAAAGGCGAAAAUGCAAGCCCUGCUGAAAUUGUAAAUGGCGUUUAUGAUGUCGAUAUUGUAACACUAAAAUAGGUGCAAUAUUUUUUAAUUUCAAUUUUUUGAAAAAUUUAUCAGUUAAAAAAAAUAUUUUUUUCAGUGCAAUACAUUAAAUUCAGAUCUCUACAGUCAACGACUUAAACGUUUGAAGCUAGCGAUUGACCAGAAAAGUUCAGAAUUGGCCAACAGAGCAAGUGUUGUGCUCCAUCAGGACAACGCAAGGCCACACAACUCCGGCAAUUUACCACCUUUUUCUCAUAUUGUAAUACUUCCUGAGUAAUAAGAUAUUGGAAUCAAGAGAAGAUUGUAAAAAAUUACUGCUAGAGUUUUUCUCCAAUAAGAGCCAAUGAGAGAUGAGAGAGACAUUAUGAAGCUACUUUUAGAAUGAUAACAUAUUUUACAACAAAACGGUGCAUAUUGGACCCAAAUCGAACAAUCCGAAGUAUACUAAAAAGAUUUUGAAUUUCACCCAACAAUAAUGGAUUACUUUUUCCCCAAACUUACAUGUGAUCAGUACACGUUGAUCACAUUCUAUCUGUCAAAAAAAUUCGAAUAUUUGGCUUCGGUCAAACAGUGUACGAGCACCCUAAUGGACGAUCAACAAUCGACUCAAUCCACAACAAUGCGUAUAUACAACAAGUGACAACCACGUUAACAUAUUAAGGAGCGCUCACGAGCUUUCUAAUAACUCGUGUUUUUUGCACAUGAUGGUUAAAUCCUUGGUGGUUAAGUCUUUGAACCUGGCUUAGUUCCAACCUGACUCUGUAAUAAAAAAACGAAGUGCAGGAUCUCAUGCGAAAAUGCGAAAAAAGAUAGAACUUCCCAAGCUUUUUCUGCGAAAAAAUACGAAUUCGCGUUGCUUUGACAGUUGCCUCUGCUCACAUCAGAAAGUUGGAACAAGUGCAACAAGAUAUCUUCACAUCGAUGAAACGAUGUAUGCAAUAUUCAAGCUUGCUGCAAGAUAAUAAAUAAUUUUCUGAAUUUCUAAUUAUACCCUUCAAAAUUUUGUAAUAUUGAAUUGUAUGGAGUUCGAGAUAUACUUGAACUCACAUUUGUCAGUAAUAUGAAUUUGUUUCACCAAUCUCGUACAGCUUGUUUUCGUAGUAAGGACGAUAGUUUGACAGAUCCGCGUGAUUUCGUAAUUAAAUGUGAAUGACUUUAGCGAAAACAUUUCGCAAGAACCAAUUUCGUACGUGAAAAAUUCGUUAAUUUUAAAGCAAGCAUGAGGCGGUUUGUUGAUAUGGACUAGGAUUGCCAUCUUCAAUUUUCAAAAAUCAGGAUAGCUCAUAUUCUCUUACUUCUUGAAUGGCACUAACGUUCCCCAGUGUUUGGAUUUCGAUCAAAAUCGAAUGAUACACAAUGUGUCAUGCAAGUAAGCUCUCACGAACAUAUAACCAAAUAUGAGAGGAUCUUUCAGAUACUUGUAUGAAUGUCAGUAAUCACUUGUGUAACAUUUAGUGAUUAAACUAAGAGAGGAACGAAGACUGUUGAUUGCAUAUCCGAUCUGUAUCAAACAUCGCAUACCAUUUUCGAAGCCUGCAUACAAGUUUGAACCGCAUAUAUUGUCCCAUUUUACUAUAGCGAAACCCACUGCACAGAAAAGUGCAAAGCAAUAAAUGAUACAAGAAAAAUUACGUCAUCAUUUAGUCACCAUUUGCGGAGGGCAGCGAAUGGGAAAAGAGAUAAAACGCGAGAGUUUUUGCUUCUCACUGGAGCGGUGUUGCUAGUAAAACUAUGCGGUCUAUAUGAAUAUACAUAUUUCAAGGGAUAGCGGCGUUAAAAAUGGAAAAUAUAAUCUGACUACCCUCCCUUAGCCUCUAUCGAGCUAAAUACAUUAUAAAUAAUAAGUGUCCUUAUUAGUGACACCAUCUUUCACCACUUUGUUGUCGAGAAUGGCCCAAAGGUUCUCAAUCGGGUUGAGAUCAGAACUUUGUGGGGAUCAUUCAAGGGGUAUUAUUUAUGUCCUGUUGGAAAACGAAGCUGUUUAGUAGGUCAGUUGUUCAAAGCGAUUCCUUCUGGUUGUCCUUAAGAUUACGAAGGCUGUCUUGAUUCCGUAAAUUUGCUCCAGAAUUCUAACACCAGCACAGGAAAAGCAUCUCCACCAUUACAUUGCCUCCUCCGUGCUUGACUGUAGCCUGCAAAUGACGUUCCUGCAAUCCUUCAUCAUCCUUCCGUCACAUUCUUUCGCGCCGAUUCUUGUUGCAAAGCUCAAAUUUCGAUUUGUCUGUUCAAAGCACUUUGUUCCGAAAGUCUUUGGGUUUGUUAACAUGUUUCCGGGUAAAUUCCAACUCUUUAAAUGUAUUUUUCUUGUUGAUUAACGGACGUUUUUUUGUGAAUCUUUUUAUUUUUGUCAUCGCAUAUUUGCAUACUUUGAAGAAGGCGUGUACGGAAGUAAACAAAACCUAACAAAAAUGGCAAAACUUGUUGAUUAUUUGGAAGAGUAAUAGUUAAUAUACAAUUCUACGAAAUUACGGUAGUCCAGAAAUUGAAAAAAGUUUUUAAAUAUGCAAGGUGGGCUUUUUUUAGCCCUAUCACUGUAUUCAUGAAUAGUUUCAUUUGGUUGAUAUAGUACAAAAUUGUUGCAUAAUUUUCAACAAAUUCUAUAUUUCUGUUAUGCUUUGCCAUGGAACUAGUUUGAGAGCAUUUACCAUGAGUACAUUAUGUAGAAGUGUAUUUCCAAAUAUUAUUGGCAAUCCUUUAGAAGUGGCAAAUCGUUCAUCUCUUCUUGGUCUUCUUUGAAUGCCUCAUACCAUUCAUACACCCGUGUUUUCGACAUAGUCGAGUCACCGAAUGUAUUCUGCAAAUUUUUAAGCGUAUCUGCACAAGAAACAUUGUUUGCAACAAAUAAUUUCACAACAUCUUUGACGGAUAGGAUUAUCCAUGACGCUUAAUGACGCUGAAAACAAACUAGAUGACAGAUUGCGCUCAAAAUUGAAAUUACCAAUAUACCAACUUGAAAAAAAAUAUCCGGUAUAUAUUUGACAGAAUGUAUUCUACAUCUACACUUUAUUUUAAUCUUCCGUUUAUUUCUUCGUAAAACUUAGAGGGCCCUCAGAAACUGUACACGAUGGUCACAAAACCGAAUAAUCGUUGCUCAAUGUCCACAGCAACCUUACUGUAUCCUAAGUUUAUUCCAGUAGACUGUUUUCCAUGAGAUUAUUGGACCCAGCAUCGGUUCGGGUAGGUACGAGGAUAAUCCUCGUGCAAGUCAGACGAUAGUUGUAACUUAGUCAUUUUAUGUAUAAUGUUUCGUUCGAAAUAAUUUAUCGAAAUCGAGGCCGCGAGGAAAAACCUUAGUCGUGAUAUAUUAUUCCACCUUUGGUAGAGUUGAGCGUAGGAUAUUUAUUUUUAAUAUACUACUGAUUUUUUAGCAAAAACAAAACAGACAUAAAAAUCCUGUCGCCCUUCACUGGGGAUUGGUGGAUUGGGAGUAGACAAUGUUAGUCGUGUAGAAAAGAAACUACAUUGGUUAGAAUGUUAUAACAAAGACGGAUCUUACCGCUAUGCGGUAGAAGUGAACAGAACAAUCCUAGACCUAAACCUGGCACUUGCUAGAGAUGUUCGCGAAGUUGGAGUACAAUUCGAUAAUUCAAUUAUGAUCAAUUCUCAUUUCCGUGUGCUCAAUGCAAGGCAUGGUAUAGUUAAAUUUAAAUUUUAAAUAUAAACAAUAAGAUAAACCCAGGAAAGAGACUGCCAUUUGAGCUAGUUGCACAUUAGCCGUUCUGUGGAUAGAGAAAAAUAAACCCAUAUACAAAUACGUACAUCUACAUCUACAAACAACAUAAACAAAUCAACUGUAAAUAGCGGAUAAACGUCGCAGAUAUGCGUGCUUAUCAGCAUGCAAUCAUCACAAGUGAAAACCAUGCUUCACUGUAGAAAAAAUGUGUCAGCUAUACACAAAUAUUAAACAGAAAAAAAUACCUUUUGUGCAGUACCAUAUACUAGAACCAAUACGCAUCCAUUACAUACUAGUAUUUGUACAUAUUUACGUGACACGACGUUUUUCAGUGUUUUACAAUUCUUUUCUUUCGAGUGAAAUAUUGGCACACAAUGUAAAUAUAAAACUACAGACAGGGCUAAUCGCUAUAUAUAUAGUAAAUAUAAUUAUAUAAAUACUUCAUGCAAAGCAUGAAUUCGGUUUUUGUAAUAGACGUAGCAAAUAUUCGAAUCGUACUGUGCACGAGAUGUUUCCUGUAGCAUCCAGCCAGGCAGAAAUGGACACAGAAAGUAGACGGCACCGUUUGAAGGGGGGGAAACAAAAUCACAACGACGGGAUUCUGUAGCAAAACUGAAUCCUACAGAAAAUAUCUAGCAAACAAUAAUCUAAUUUGUAUUUCACUAUUUGUAUACAAAUUGAACCGAAAACGAUCCAAGAUUUAAAC